ACAUGUUUGCAGUGUCGCCAUGUUUGGCCACUAGGACAGAGCUGAAUAACAGCCGAAUAUUAUGUAACAUCAGGACCUUUGUCUGUGUUUAUAAAAAGGAUCAGCACGUAUCAGAUUGUGGGAUUUGUUGGUGAUUGUUCAGAUGCGAUUCGUUGUUGGACCUGCCUUGGUCAGAAACAUUACAUUAAAUCCUACAAUAUAAUUGGUGACACAGACGUGAACGCUUGGGCCUGCGGACCAGGGUGGCUGGGUUCCCCCACUGGACCAAUUGUGCAGCGUGCACAACAGGUUUGUGGCUUUUUGCUUGAGAUAAUUCUUGAAUAUGGCCUCUGUGACUCUGAACUGCCAGCUGUGUUGCAAAACUUUCUCUACGGUUCAUGGCUUCAAUGAUCAUCUUUGGUCAGUGGCACAUUGUCAGCAAUAUAUGUCAGUGUUUUGGGAAGUAAAGACUCCUAGGACUUAUGGUUUUUAUCCCAACAUAGUUUUUGCUGAUCCUCGCCAUUAUGAUUAUAGAAAACCUAAAGUGGGCAUAUCUCUGCUGACCCUGUGUUACGGUGAACAAAGUACAACUUUCUACCUGUGCCAUGUGUGUGAGGUGACAUGUCGACCACACAGUAUCAUGCAACACCUGUCCAAGGGGGACCACUGCUUCAACUAUUUUAACUACACAGACCCCAAUAUUUUGACUUUUUCAUGGACUCCGUGCAUGGAUAUGAAGGUCAUUUUAAAGCCUCAGGUCAAAAGGGAGUUGAAAGAAAAGGGGCCUGGAGUGCUCCAGAUUUUAACUUUACCUGUUCAGCUGCUUCAACGUAUUAAAAAUUGUUCUUAUUCUGAAGUCAUGAACAUCAUUGGAGAAAAUCAGAUGCUUCUGAAAUUGUUUGAAGCGGCCAAACCACAGAGGAACACGUUUCAGAUGUAUCAAAAAGAUCGGAACAGAAAACAUCCACUUCUGGGCAUGCAGCACAUUAUUGAGUUCAUUUGUGCUGGACAACCUGAGAAGAGACGCUGUCUUUGCACUUUGUGCAAACUAACGGUUGGCAACAACAUGAUCCUCAAACACGUCCUGAGCUUUGACCAUAUUUAUUCUUAUUUUAAAGCAACGCAUCCCUCCAUUGUGCUGUCAAAGUAUUCUUACCUUUACUCUGAGUCCAUCACAUCCAUGAUGCUUGAUUUAGUGAAACAGGCUGGAGAAAUGAAUUCAGUGGCAGACACAAAGCAAGUGACUCUGGAUCCAGUUGAGUUUGCAUCAUUGAAUUCCACUGGAUUUGGUAAAGCCUUGAAGACACUGGAAUCUUACCCUGUGGAUAAGAGUGGCAGUGGCUUGAUCACAAACCUUGAACCUAGCGUCUCACCAUGUGGCACAGAAUCAAGCACAAGUACAAAUCUAGGAGAUGAUGCACCUGAGGAGAUGUGCCAGAAGAUGGAGCCAACAUCAGAGAGGUCAGAUUAUACAGGAAAGGACAUCAUGCAGGGGACGAAGAAGGAAAUGGAGAGAAUAAAAAGGGAGAAUAAGGAGCCGAUUUUAGAGAUCUCAGAGAAGACAUGGAUGGACGUGAUGAAAUGGAGAACAGAAAAGAUAAAGGAGGAAACUGAGGAGUUAAAAGAAGAAAUAGAGGAGACUAAGGAGGAGAAAGUGGACAUCACAGGGAAAAUGCAGGAGGUGGAGCAUGAACUAGAGGAAAGGAAAAUGAAUAUAACAGAGGAUAUGGAGUUGGACACACAAGAGAGGAUAAUUAAAGAAGAAGAAGACGAGGAGGUGGUUACAAAAGUGGAACACAUUUCUAAAAUACGAGAAAGCUGCCUGACUACAUUCAAAGGUAUUGAAAGAUUUAAAGAAAGCACCGUGCAAGUGAGGAGUCCAGUUACCAUAAGAAAUCGCAUAAAGAUGUCGAACAGCACCUCUGACAAGCCACAAGAGACGCCCCACAGUGAGGCCACAGGGGGAAGACAUGCACCGAAGAUAAAGUGUUUCAGUUCCAACAAAGAGCUGUUCCAUGAAGAAUCCCAAAAAAUCCAAAGUGCUCCAAGUGGGAAAAGUCAUGAGGCUGCAGAGAUUAAAGCUGAGACAGAGGACAACCAAAAAACAGACUUACUAUGGGGGUACAUCAAGAAGAGGAACCGGGAGCCUGUAAUCGGCCUUCAUGCUCUCCUUGAAUGUAACUUUGAUGAACACAGUCCCAUUUACCUGUGUUACUGCUGCUGUCGGAGGAUCUUUGAAUGCAACAUUGUCAGCCACGUUACUGGAAUUGUACACUGGAGAAAGUAUUUAGCGUGGUCUGAAAAGGUUCCUGUUCAAAGGCUCAAACAAAAGAAGACGAUAACCAGACAGUUAGUGGCUUAUUUUGAACACUGUGAAGGACAUGGAGAAGCCCAGAUUAUUGAUGUGGAUGAAAAAAACUACCUGGCAGUUUUAAGCCAACCCUUUACUCUAGCCUCGCAGGCUUUGAAGAGUAGGUUUCCCAUCGCUGCAGCUAUGUCCAAUAAACAACCUACGUCUUCAGCCACUGUUCAGUCUGAACCUGAGGAACAUCUGCAGGGGACAAGUCAGCCAAAGAGCCAGUCCUCAGCUACCUCUGUUGGUGUGGUGCACACCAGUUCAUCCACAGCCCAGUCGGCGAUAUCCACCAUGAAUAUCAGGCUAAAGAAAAAACAAAUGGAAGUGGGCAAAAGUGAACUGAUUGUAGUGAGGUGUGGGAGAAGGCAGCAGGUCUACUGUAAACUGUGCCGUGACAGGCUGAGAGGUAGUGAACAUCUGUCCAGCCAUUCCCACCUGUCCAACUAUGUGAAACAAAAGUUUGGACACAAUGCUUCCACAAUUACACUAGAGAAGAUCAUUCCAUUCUUGGUUGCAAUUGAGAACAUUUUGGGCGCUCAGAAGGGUCAGAUAGUGGAAGUGACGAGUGAUCUGUAUGACGCGUUGGCUGCUCUCUACACGCAUGACGCUCUUAAGGAAGUGGAGAUGAUGCUGCAGCAUCAGAUGAACCUACAGGUGCCCUCCGUCUCCACGACUAAUAAUGCAGAGAAACUGCAAGCUGUUGUUAUCAGUUCAUGUGAAACUCCAUGCCCAGAUGUUGGGAUGUUGGUGCAACUGAAUCAAAAACCUGCACCUGAAGGAAAAUGCCGUCCAAAGCAGAAGGAAAAUGAUGUGAAACAGUCGACCGUCACGCCAGUCACUGCAAAGUGGAAUAGGUUUGAGGCCCAGGCUUUGGUGGAAUUGAACCCUCCUCACAGUGCUGUGCCAGUGGUGAACUCCCAACGUGCAGAUACUGUUGCUGCUCACACAGAAUCUCCCAGCAGUACUGUUGUCCAAACCCCACUGACAUACCAAGACACGCAAGUGUCAAUUAAACUUGAGGACACUUAUCUGGUAACAUCUGUCAAAGAAGAGCCUCCUUCAGAUGAUCUGGUGAAAAUAGAACAAGAGAACCAUCCAGGAACCAAUCUCACGGAUGAGAACAGUUUUUGGCUCGGCCUAGUACCUGAGCAGCACUAUGUGUCGCAGGAGCUCCCGAGCAGAUCAUCAGGUGAUGAAAGUCAGAUGCAUUCAUCUGAGAACACUGUAGAACUGGAGACGGAUGUGAUUAUUGGUCGACAUUUUGUAUGGAAGUGUCAAGGACCAUCUGGGAAUUCUUUCUACUUGUGUGAAAGCUGCAAGGAGACCAUUUUUACUUGUCACAUCGCACACAUGUCCAAUCCUGUUCACUGGUUGGCAUACAUAAAGUGGCAACAUCCUUCCUUUCUGCAUUUCUGGGAUAAGGAUGAGUACCCUGUUGAGGUGAAACAGAGAGCUUUAAGGAAAGCUGCCAUCGGCUUCUCGAGGCGUGAGAAUUUUUACAACCCAACAUUGCAGCAUGUUACACUGGGACCACUCCUGUAUGAUUAUGUGAAGGCUGCUCCAUUCUUUGAAGCAUUAAAAAUAGUUCAAAGUAAGAUGUCAGAACAGCGUCUUACCUCUUCAGAGUCACAACGAAGAGUCAAGUCCAACACACCUGAAGGCCCCCAAAACCACACAUCAUUAGCCGACUCACAACAAAGGCCGGUCUCUGGUUUGGAAGUAAGACUGGCAGAGACACACUCCAAAUCCAAGUCUGUUCAGAGUCCUGAAGGAUGUCAAAGCUCACUGUCUCAGGAGUCUCACUGGAAAGAGUCUUCACGAAGCAGGAAGAGGCUCAGUCAGGCUGCGGCUAAAACACUGAUCUGUGAAAAUAAUCUCCACGAGGACUCUCAGGGUCUGUGGCCAGCCAAACGCUCUCAGAGCUUUGCUCCACAGCACAGUGGGACCAGACCUUCAACAGCCUCUUGGUCCAACAGUUGUCUCCUCAGCGCUGUGCCAGCCCCUUGUCUCACAAAGAAAAAGACAAAGGAUCUGUAGCCAAUGUUGAGGUUGUUGACAUGGACUAGUUUUUAAGUCUGAUUAAGAAAAUAAAAUCUGAACCAGACCAGACUCCUUUACAUAACAGCGUGUCCUUUAGAGACGGCACCACAGGCCUCACCUCACAGACACAUUUAGAUUACCCAGCCAACGAUCCAUCCAUUUACACUCGGGUGUACCAGCAGCAGGGAUAUAGAGGAGGAGGAGGUCACACAAGUCAACGUUAUCCCAACCAGGAUGCAGCACAGCUUCAACUGCAGUCAUACAGUCAUUUUUAGUUGUGUAAGUACAUAGCGUCAAGUGGCCAUUAAUGUUGCUUCUUCUUGGCAUCUAGCUCAUCCACACUGCUCCAACACUUUCUUUGUUACCUCAUUCCAGUUAAACUCUAGAAGAAUGUCACUGCUGUUAUGUCAUCAGAGUAUUUUGAUCCGCCUGGUGUGUGAAUAAACAUGCCUAAAAAUGUACCUAACUUUU